CGCCGCGCCGCCGGUAUCGCCUCGCGUCCCGCAGCGGGCCGGAAGCGGAAAGUUCCGGCGCCGGUGUGGGGAGCGAGAGCCGCCCGCUCGGCGUUGCUGCGAGAUGGCUGCCGCCGCCGCGCUCCCCCCGCUGCCGCCGCAGUUCAAGAGCAUCCAGCACCACCUACGGACCGCGCAGGAGCUGGACAAGCGAGAGCCGGUGGUGGCGUACUACUGUCGUUUGUAUGCAAUGCAAACAGGCAUGAAGAUUGAUAGUAAAACCCCAGAAUGCCGUAAAUUUUUAUCUAAGCUUAUGGAUCAGUUGGAAGCUAUGAAAAAGCAAUUUGGUGAUAAUGAAGCAAUUACUCAGGAUAUUGUUGGUUCUGCUCAUGUGGAGAAUUAUGCUUUGAAGAUGUUUUUGUAUGCAGACAAUGAAGACAGAGCUGGGCAGUUUCAUAAAAACAUGAUAAAGUCCUUUUAUACUGCAAGCCUCCUGAUAGAUGUUCUGACAGUAUUUGGGGAGCUCUCUGAAGAGAAUGUUCAGCACAGAAAGUAUGCCAGGUGGAAGGCAGCAUACAUUCAUAACUGCUUAAAGAACGGAGAGACUCCUCAGCCUGGACCUAUUGGAAUGGAAGGAGAGAGCUUUGAUCUUGAAAGAGAAGAAGCAGGGUCGUCGUCUCUCCAUAGUGGAACAACUCAACCAACAUCAUCAUCUACAUAUGAAGCUAAUAACACACCAACUACUAAUUUCACUGGCAUACAUAUACCACCAGGUGCCCAUGCGCCAGCCAAUACUCCAGCUGAAGUACCUCAUAACACAGGAGUGACAAGUAAUACCAUUCAACCUGCUCCUCAGAAUAUUCCUUUAGUAGAUCCUGCCCUUUACAGUGCUCAGUCUGCAGGGGAAGUCCACUUGACUCCAGAGGACUUUGCCAGAGCUCAGAAAUACUGCAAAUAUGCUGGCAGUGCUUUGCAAUAUGAAGAUGUGAGCACUGCUGUGCAGAAUCUACAGAAGGCCCUCAAGUUAUUGAUUACGGGCAGAGAAUGAAGCCUUUAUCCAACAGAUAAAUGUUGUUUGCCUAAAGAACUAACAGCUUAUUACUGUACCUAUUAGGGGAGUGGAAAUAUAAAGAAGUUCUCAAUUCCAUUACCUGUGACAAUGAAAUCACUGUUUCAGUGUAAGAUUAGCAGUUAAGAGUACGGUAGGAAUCUCUGUUUUCAUUUUACAAAUAGUGGAGCUAGAAACAUAUGAAUGCGGUGGUUUGUUGUAAGCAAAAUACAGAAGUACUGCAGACACUGCUCAAGAGUUAGAAUUCAUGUUUCAAUAUUUAGAUUAUCGAAAUGGAAAAAUGCUGAAUCUGUUAAAAGCUUGAACAUAAGAAUGCUCUGUUAAAAUUCUGGCUGAUUUUAUUAUUUCAAACAAUUAUUUGAUAACUAUAAUAGCUUUAAAAUGGUAACUAAAUUCAGGGCUUCCUCCUGAAAUGAGAGCAUGUGAGAAGACUGACAAAUAUACAGUGGGAAGGACUUUUUUCUAUAUUUAAAUUAUUUGGGUAUUAUCUGAGACAUAAAUCAAAGUUAAGAGAGUCUUGAGGAUGUUUGUGUUUCAUUUUAAAACGUGCAGGAAAAGCAUUUCUUCAUAUAUCAGAGCAAAUAAUUUUGAUAGUGUUCCAAACAAACUCCCUACAACUGCAUGGGCUGCUAUAUGUAGUCUUGAUCAUUGGUUCUUGCUCCUUUUACAUGAACACUUACAAUUUUCUUUAUGUAUGGAUAAUUAGAGAAAGUACUAAUAUUUAUCAGAGAUGAGGCUGAAACCAGAGGCAGAGAUUCUAAACAACGUGAACUUUUAGGGAGAUUUACCUUGUGGCUGUUCCAUCUCUUUAAUAGGCUGAAUCAAAGGCCAGUUCUUCAACCAUUAAAGCAGUUUAGGUUCAUCUCUGGUACUAGUGUCAUAGAACUUUGUAUUUCCAGCUAAUAUUCUUCCUGUCAGCUUUGUUGUGGAGACUAUUUGGACUUGGGAAUUAAUUAAAGUAUCUUGGAAAUGGAA